AUGGCUAUGACAAGUAUUAAAGUUCGAGACACAAAAGUAAUAUUUGAAAAGAAAAAUAAAGUGAGUGUAAUUGCAGAAUUGGAAACAUCAGAAAUGGCAAAAGAUGUCUUAAAGAAUGGUAAAAAACUGCAUGGCACUCCGAUUUAUAUUGAAAAGGACUUGAGCUUGACUAAACAGGAAAAUAAAUCAGCUUUAUUACAGCUGAAAAGAGAUCUUGAAGCCAUCAGAAAGACUCACAAAAUUUAUGUUAAAAAUGACAGUAUAAAUAUAUCAGGAAAAUGGAUGCACUUUGAUAAAAACAAGAAACUAAAGUGCAAAGAUGGUGACGCUGUUGAGCAAUUAAAGCAAUUGUAUGAAUACAAUCUUCAUUGGGUGCCUGCAACAAGAACAACAAAUAGAGGUCGAGCCAGUGGAGGAAAAUUGUAUGGUGUACGAAAGCAAUUGCAAUUUUGCGGUACUGUGGUGUACAAGCACAUUAUGAACUCAACAAUAAUCGAGAUAACCACUAAUAAUCAAAAGUUAUGUUUAAUCCCAGUUUAUCUAAAUUGCAAUAACUGGCUAAAUGAUCUCAAUAACUUAUGUGAAAUAUUAGUGGAAGCUCAGAACGAAAAUGUCAUGAUAAUAGGUGACUUCAAUGCACGAAUAGGCAAAGAACAAUGUCUGGAAUUCAGCCCAAAUAUGCAGUGGGCUGAACUAUUGGGCCACAGAGUAGCAAAGGAUACAAUUGUAGAUAGAAAUGGCAAACAAUUACUAGAAAUUUGCAAUUCAUUUGGUGUCACCGUGUUAAAUGGCCGCACUAAAGGCGACAGAGAGGGUACAUUUACGUUUAUCAGAGGUGUAGCAAGGUCAACGAUAGAUUAUUGUUUUGUGAAAGGAGUAUGGUUAAUAAUAACUGAAGAGUUUCAAAUACGUGACAUGAUAUACUCGGAUCAUCAGCCACUGGAAAUUAUGGUAAAUCUAGAUGCCUCUAAUUCAAAUGAAAAUAAAAUGCAGUUGCUACCGAAACUGAUAUGGAAAGAUAAAUAUAAAGAUCUGUACCAAGAAAAGCUUGAAGAAUCCCUUAAUGCAUGCGAAGCAAAAUCGUUUCAGGGUAAUUCGGCGGGUAUAAAUAGGAAACAAAAAUGGUAUGAUUUUGAAUGUGAAACUGCAAGAAAGAAAUCAUUUAAAUGGCUACAAACAGUUAAAAAAGGUGGUGAUAUAGCUGAUUUAGAGAAAUACAAAAAUGUAAACAGAGAAUACAAAAAGCUGUGUGAUGAGAAAAGGAAGUCAUAUUUCAAUGAAAUGGCAAUGUCGAUAUCCCAAGCAGCUGAUAGUAAAUCAUUUUGGAGUGGAGUUAAAAAAAUAAAUCGUGCAGAUCACAUAAAAGGAAUUAAAGUGGACGCCGAAGCUUUGGCGGCACAUUUUAAAAACCAGUUAAAUAGCAAUAUAGUAAGCAAGUCUUUCAGUUAUGCCCUGCCGUAUGUAAUAAAUGAAGCGUUAGAUGCUCCAAUAAAGAUUGAAGAAGUCUAUGCAGUGCUCCAGAAUUUAAAAAAUAACAAAGCCGCAGGUGAAAACAGAAUUCCAGCUGAGUUUUAUGCCACGCCACAAUUUAUAGAGCAUAUGGCUGAAUCAUACAAUUAUAUAUUUGAAAAUGCAGCCCCACCUGAUAGUUACAAAAAAGCCAUAACAUUUCCCCUAUUUAAAAAAGGUGACCCAAAUAAUGUAGCAAAUUAUAGAGGAAUAGCAUUUCUUAAUACAUCAGCUAAAGUCUUUACAACACUCCUGUAUAACAGAAUUAAAAAUUGGGUUGAUCAAAACAACAUAUUAAGCGAAUUUCAAGCUGGAUUUCGAAAAGGUUACUCCACGAUCUUAAAGCUGCUUUCGAUACAAUACAAAGAAACGUACUAUUUUACAAACUAA